AUGGCUUUUUCACAUGUCGCGUUGGUCCUUCUUCUGUCUUCUUUGGGUAUUGAUGCAGCUGUUUUUACAUUGCAAAAUAACUGUGAACAGACCAUAUGGCCAGGGAUCCAACCUAAUGCUGGGCAACCGCAACUCAUGGAUGGUGGUUUUGAGCUUAAUGCAUCAGAAUCAGUAAAUGUGACAGCCCCAAGAGGGUGGUCAGGCCGCAUCUGGGGUAGAAGUGGAUGCACAUUCAAUGCUGAUGGAGAGGGAUCCUGCUUAACUGGAGGCUGUUCAAAUGGUCUCCACUGUAGAGGUGCUGGUGGGGAGCCACCAGCUUCCUUAGCUGAGAUUUCCCUCAACGGCCCACUUGACUUUUAUGAUGUGAGCCUUGUGGAUGGCUUCAAUAUGCCAAUCUCCAUAUUCCCAUAUGAUGACACGGGCGUUUGUGCAAGUAUUAGGUGUGACACAGACUUGAACCUGCACUGCCCUUAUGAGCUGCAAGUGAGAGGGGAUAUAGGAGAGACAGUGGCCUGCAAGAGUGGAUGCACUGCUUUUCGGGCACCAGAAUAUUGUUGCACCGGGCAGUUUCAAGACCCUAACCUAUGCAAGCCAACUACAUACUCUCAGUAUUUCAAGAGCAGUUGCCCUACUUCUUAUACCUAUGCUUUUGAUGAUGCAACAAGUACUCAUACCUGCAGAGAUGCCAAUUACUUGAUUAGAUUUUGUUAA